AUGGACGAAGCUGACUUUUCGGAAGACACGACCUAUAGAGAACAGGAGGACUUGCCUUACGAUGGGGACUUCUCUCAGAUGAAGGUGUGCGGUGCUGACGACUUGCCCUCAGCAAACUACACCCUUGCUGUCUCAGAAGAAGUUGUUCUGUCUGGAAAAGGCCCCGAGGAAAAGGCCGCAUGCUGUGAGGUGUACGGGAACACAGCUGUGGCCGUGACUUGGGAUAAGAUCGCUGAAAAUGCUGUCCCCGACAGGCACGAUAAAGAUAAGCAGUGCUUGGCUUCUUGUGUUCUGGCUAAUGAAAGCGAUCACUCAAAGUCACGCCCUUCGGAUAUUUUACUCCAUCAUCUCUCCAGGGAGCAGUUCUUAAGGGGACAAGGCACUGGCUGCGACCCUCUCCCAGAGACCUCAACUGCCGACAGCCUCGAUGAUGCAGCUAUUCUGACAGAUGUCAUCUCACGUUAUGCGAAGAGUUAUUGCCCCAAAGAUCAUAUCCCAGCAUUCGCUGACCGACCCAGUCCCAAAAGUGGUGUGGAAAAUAGCAAUAAGCCCAGUCGUUCUCCAGACACAGCGGGAGGAAGAACCUCUCCCUUAGAAAAGCCAGUGGCUGCUGGGCAGAGCAACCACCAAGAUCCAAGCUUUCUAAGCAGACCUAAAGGCCCAGGUGAUAAACAUAAAAACUGCCAAGGGCAGAUACCCCAGAGACAGCUGACUGAAAAAGCAAGUUCAGGCAGCUGGUUCAAAUACAGCCAAGGUCAAGUGCAUUACCAGCUUCCAGAUUUUUCUAAAGUUUCUCCCAAAGCGAAAAUCCCUAGAAAUACGGUAACUAAUAAACCACUUACAAUAGCUAACCAGGCCAGCUUUUCUCCUAGGUUGAGAAAUAAAUCAACAAUUGUGCAAGAUAAUUUAGGAACCAUGUCUGGGCCAAAUUGUGUUGGAAAACAGCAACCAGAGCAAAAAUGGAAAUUUACUGAACCUUCGCCACGAACCCAGGUGGAGCCCGCCAUCCACACCCGCCAAGAAGCCCUCACAGGAGUUGAAUCUGAGAAACAUCACUGGACGCUGACACCAACCACUCAGAAAGAGCCUCCCCCAAAUUCUUACAUAUUUCAAAAGAUCUCCCAAGGAAAACAGAUGUGCCAGAAACUGAAAGAACAGACUGACCUACUGAAGACUAAGGUACAAGAAUUUUCCAAAAGAGUAAAACAGGACUCUUUCUGCCAUUUGCAAGACAUAAGACUGAUGACCAAGGAGCACGCUGGCUGUCUUCCGGGAUCCCGGAGCUCACGGAGAAGUGAGGUGACAGAACUGCCAAGGGCAGGGCCACAGGAGGUCACCUCCAAGGAGCUCAGAGAGCUGGCCCCAAAGAUGAAACAGAAAAUGGAGAAAGGGGGCCACAGAAGAGCCAACUGUGGAAAAAUUUCCAGUACCACCCAGGAAAAAACACUGCACCAAGAUUCGCCUCUCAGUUCUGAUCCAGGGCCCAGCUGCCGCCCUGAUUCGGACGCUGGACUGCAGUGCAAUAAAGGUGAGGACAGUGGCAGCAAGAAUCGGAACUCCCAGGGAGUCAGAAGCGAAGAACCACCAAAAGAAUUUCAUUACAGAUACAACACUCCAGGGCAAGAUGAUUUACACCACAGUGGAGGAUGUGCUGCUUCCCAGUCACACUUCUUACCUGGCAAUAAAAUGCCUUCAUCUUCUUGUUCAGCAUCAAAAUGGAUCUGCUCCCAGAGAGUAAAUUCAGGACCCUUUCAAGAUGUGCAUGAUUCCAGCACAGGAAAACAUACCAAGAUUUACCUGACCUGCAACGCAGACCCUGCAACACCCUUAUCCCACCUCCGCUUCCUCAUGAUUCCUGGAAUCCAAUCCUUACGUGAUGGUAAUAACAUGGAAGAAACGGAAUCUAAGAUUUUAAACUCGGCUUUGGAUCAUGCUUUAAAGACAGCAACCAUUUUGAAAAAGACCACUGACCAAAUGAUUAAAUCCAUUGCCGAAGACCUCGCCAAAGCGCAGCGAUGGAGGCACCAACUCAAACACUACUAGCGCCGGCCAAGGCAACCAAGGGUUAACAUUUUUGGUAUUCUUCUCCAAAGUAUUUUUCUUAUGACACGGUGUAGAAGGAUGGUCUUCUGAAGAAGACACUAGAACCGUAAGAAAUGGACACACGAAGUGCUUAAAUGAAACAGAACCAAACCAAACAGCCCUCUGGUAUUUAUGUGAAAAUAAAUCUAUAUUCUUCCUAUUUCACAAUAAAAACAAUAAAACAAAUACUUUUAUCCAUUA